AGCUCGAGCUAGCUGCGAAGGAGACAGUCAGCCUUCGCCGAUCCCCGUUUCUGAUCCUUUUUGUUCUGUAAAAAGUUGUUAUGGAUGUAUAAGUUGGAUAUAUAUUCCUGGAGGUAUGGAUAUUCCUUCAGCGGAGAAUGCAGUUGAAAUUACUGAGUUUGGUUGCUGAAAGUCACAACCCAGUUAUACGAUUUAAGCAGAAGAAAAGGCAAAAGCAGAGGACCCACUCUGGCAUCCUUCCCGGUACGGUACCGGUAAUUCGGCCCUGAGCUUCCGGGUACCUAAUCUGUGUUUUCUCGCUCUCCUGCGCUGCUAGCACUGGGGAGCUCAGAGCAGAGCAAGGGCGGAGACGCGGAGAGAUGGCUGAAGCGAGUGCGACAACAGAUACUGAGGAGGAUGGGAAAUUACGACCUUCAUCUGGAAGUGAUGGGGUUGGGAAGAGGAGGGUCGUACGACAACCCAACAGGCGUCUUCAUGAACGAGAUCUGCAAUCACUUACAGAAAGGAUCAGUGGCAAGGAGGCCGAACUGAAAUCUUUGGGUAGACCCAACAAUGAAAGUUCACCGGCUGAAACGGCAGAAAGGGAACUCCUCUUGAAAGAUCAGAAGAGCAUCAGGGAAUCGAAAGAAGCCAACAUUGCCAAACGCAAAGAGUUUGAUGAAGAUAUUCGUAAACUCAGUGAUGACAUCUCAAAGAAGAGCGAUGUACUUUCCAAGAUCAAAGCCAAUCUGCCACACAAGACCAUCCAGGCUAUCGAUGAUAACAUUAGAAGGUUGGAGUACCAGUAUGAAAACCACAACUUCAGGCUCCGCCGUGACGAGGACAGGCUCAUUGCCGAGAUCUUGAAGCUCAAACGGUCAAAGAAAGAAGUCCACGAAUACCAGGCGAAAAGGACUGAAAUCGAGUCAUGUAUUAGGAGGAAGGAGGAGAUGAAGAAACAGAGAAAUAUUUAUUUCAAGAAAGUUUCGGAGCUGAAAUCUAAAGAAGACGAGAUCCGUCAGAAGCUCUUCAGGUUAAAGAGUAAGACAGAUGAGGCCUGGAAUCGAUACAGAGAGGCUGGACCACAGAGAGAAAGAAUUAAAAAAGAAAUUGACAGUUUGUAUGACGAGCGGCGACAGCUCAAUGCUGACUUCCAGAUGCAGAUGCGCGAUUACAAGGAGUACAACGAGUGGCAAAAGUUGGAGAACGAGAGACGGAAAGAAGAGGAGAAAAGGGCUCAGGAGGCCACAUACAGAAGAGAAUGGUUUGAGUAUGAGACAACGAGAGAGCCUUUUCAGGAAGAGCGCACCCAGAUUGAAUGUUUGACGACCUAUCUCCAUAGACUGCUACCCAAAGGAGAGGGAAAGGUAUUAUCUCAAGGGGGUAGCCCCCUCAACGGGGCCAGCCCAUCUUCUUCAGUGAGUUCCCUUGGCCGGAGUCCAUCAUUCAAAGACGAGGAGGGGUCAUACACCAUUCUGAGGAAGAAAGGGGAUGAGGACGAUGAGGUGUUUGAAAAAGCUGCCAGUUUGAAGAAAAAGAAGAGUAAGAGAAAGUCAUGGCUGAACAAGCCUCUCCGUCACAGCCGAGAGAUCUUCAAUCAGUUUACGUCCAUCGGUAUUCCUGCUCCGUCUACUGCUAACGAGAUCCAGGAUUGUCUGGAUAAACUCCAGGAAAAAAUGCAAUAUUAUGAGGAUGCUGCCACCAGUGUAAAGUUGGCCCACAGUGCAAUACCCCAGGAUAUCAGUGCAUCGUCCUCGUUCUCUUCAGGAAUCGUCACGGCAACCGAUGUUGAGGAUACCUAUGACUUCCCAGAGGAUGCGCCUUUGGACAUCGUGCCAAGCAGUAGCUUGCAGGAGACCGGUGAGAUUGAAAAUGCUGCAAGUGCAAAAGGAAAGACACUUGAUGAAGAGGAGGGGUCCGAAGUGACAAAGGACAAAUGGUUCCAGGAUGUGCCAAGUAUACGAGAGCCCUCUUUUGAUGACGGGAGUGACGUAUCUUUAGCUAAGUUGACCCUGGGAACAUCCAAGGUUGCAGAUGAGGAGAGUGUUAAACCACACGUUGAGGGCGCUGGUCAGAGCGAUGAAAGCGGCAGCUGCGGGAGUGACGAUGGAAAGGAAGCGGGAGAUGUUACGGAUGACAGCGAGAGCACCGUAGUGGCUAACGAAGGCGAGGGCGGACAGAGUUCUCCGAGCGAUGGCAGUCCUGCUGCAAGCAAAGAAGUGCCAAUCACCAGUGUGGAUGCAGAGGCAACAGAUGCUGUUGCUUGCGACACGAACCCUAUCAGAGAAAGCCAGACUGAAUGUGUUUCAGAAGAAAGCAUUAUAGGAGACGAUGGAUUGGAUAAAGAUCGGGAAGAUAGUGGGAUGGGCGACGUACAAGAAGGAGAGACCACUAAGAAAGCAGGUAUCGUGGAGAGAAAGAACGAGAACCUGAAGUUGAUUGUUACAAAAAAGAGCGAUAAAGAUUUCGAGACCAAAGCUGAUCUUCUCAUGUCCUCCCAAAUGGAAUACAGUAGUGACUAUGCCUCAAAUUCCACAGGUAGUGCCGUUUCCACGCCAACGGAUGUUCUCCUCAAACGGGAACCAUUACUGGACACCAGCUCAUUAUGCAAAGAUGCAAGUGAGGCAGAAAUGUCUGGAUUUGAUUUAGGUUGCAUAGAAGGAGAAAGCGAAAGCAUGCUAAAUGUCAAUAACAAUAGUUCAACUCUGACCUCCCAGCAUGCUUUGCAAAGGUCCCACCUUGGUUCAUUUGGUCAGGAAAAUAUCCCAGGUGAAGAUGUCUUUCAGUCCGUCGUUGAUCCUCCCAGUUUUCCUGUACGGAGAGAAGAAUUAUGAUGAUUGUUGCCAGAAGGUGUUACUCUUUUCUUGUUAUGUGUAUUUCAUCUUUUAAGCACUUGUGGAAUGUAUGUUGUCCUCAUAAUGACAUCUGUCAAUUUCAUUAUAGACAGUUAUGCAUUUUCAAAUUGUUCACGUACAGUAUAUGUAUAUUUUGCUUUCAUUUAAUGAAAGCAUUUUUUCACUUCGUAGAAUUGUCUAUUUUGUAUCUCUGAACCACAAUACUAUAUCUUGCACAACAUAGUGAAUAUAUAGUGACUAUACACAUUUUUUAUCUAUUCAUAACUUGAGAAGAUAUUCAGGGCAUAUAUAGUGAUUUAAGUAUGUUGCCAUGUGAAUGCAAGAAUGCCUACAGUAGAAUGUUUUUGCGAAUCAAAAACUUAUGCAAUUUGCAAGUGAUUGGAGCUUGAAGUGUCCUGGCACCGAUGCAAUGAUACAUGCGUUGCUCUCAGUCAUCAAAUGUUUUAUACCAGUACGGAAUUGACCCAAUGCAAUUUUGGAAUGUGCUGAUUUUGGUAGUCCACACUGCUGUUUGAAACUUGCCCUGUGCGAACAUCGUUUUUAUGUUUACAUCUGUAGAUGCAUUUAAUAUACACUUGGCAUUUUCAAGUUCAAGUUCAGCUUUAAUGAUAAUUACAAACGUAUUUUCUAUUUUGUCAAUCCUGAUUAAUCCUAUUACUUGUCAUGAAAAGAAUUGGAUCUGAAUUGACACAUUUAAUUUAUGCAUUUACAGCUGCAUUGCAUAAAGCAUGAUAUAGUUUGCAAGGUUUAAGUGCUCAUAAAAUUCUAUUAAAUUUUAUUUCAGAUCCCCAGUAGUUCAAAGUAUACUCCUGCAAUUUAUCAUAUCCUCCUAUAUGUAAUAAUUGUUUUUUCAGACAUUUUGAUUGUUUAUCCCCCUUAUUUUGUAUAUUUUCAUUAUUUCCAGAAGUAUCAUUUAUUGAAAGACUUUGGAUAAUGUUGAGAGAAUCCUGACAUUCAAGUGAAACAUUUGUUGUUUUUUAAAGUUUAAUGGUGAUAUAUGAGUUGAAUGAUUUGGAGUCCGGAAGUUAUGUGCUUUUAUUUUUAGCUCUAGUCUGACCUAGCAGUUAGGAAAAAAAAGAGAAAAAAGUUUUUGCUGUUAAUGUUCCUUCUUAUUUCAUGAGCCGGCAUUCAAUGCAAAGUAUUGAUUAGCUGAGUAACUUGCUUGGCAUUUUACUUGGCUUGGUAAAACACUUAAAAUUCUGGC